AGCGCAUGCGCAACAUGUAAGACGCUAGUCUAUUUCGACUGCAAAGUUUUGACCAAAAACUUGGAAAUUAAUAUUUUCUGUGAACUGAAAUAUGCUGGAAAGUGAAUAUUAUGUGUUAUAAUUUGUGUUAGCGUUCAGAGAGUUUCAUAAAAGACUGGAUAAACAAAUAGAACAAGGUAAACAAAGUUUUUGUUUUCAAGGAGCGUGAGUUUCGGGUGAAUAAUAAUCACACUAGAGUCUUGUGUAUUGUGUCUUUAACCGUGGUACCGUUAAGUACCGUUAAGAAUGUCGAACCCGUCAAACCACUCAAAAAAGCGGGGCCUUGGAGAAAUAGACCCUGUGGACAGGCAAUCCAGCAAUGAAGAAAAAACUGGUGAAAAUAAAAUGGAAAACUUCCAAAUGAGAGAUGUGAUGCAGGGAAUAUCUAACAUACAGAAUACGCUGGCCAAUCUAUUAUUGCGAAUAGAUGGACAGGGACGACAGCUUGACGCAGUUACAAAUGAGAUAAGUGGAAAACAUGGUAUCGAAGAAAGGCUGGAAAAUGUUCAACAUCAAGCUAAUGAUACAAUGUACAUCAUCAAUGAUCUGCAGAAAAAAACGGAAAGAGAGCUUAGUAGAAUGAAAGACUACGUUGUUCGACUAGAGUACUGUAUUAAAACUCAAAAUGACCAAAUUACCGAACUUAAAGCCAGAUCAAUGGAAGACAAUAUUAUAAUAAGCGGAGUCGAGGAAUCGAGAACAGAGAUGGGCAAAUCAGAAAAUCUUGCCAAGAUGAUAAGUCACGUGUUCAGCUCGGAGAUGAAUAUAGCUGCAGAAACAGUUGACAACCUUCAGAUCUAUAAACUGUUCAGAAUGGGGGAGUAUGACAGGCAAAGAAAAUUCCCAAGACCUAUCUGUGUUCAGUUUGCGAAUAGAGCACAUAAAGAAAUCGUCAUGAGACAUAUCAAAGUCCUCAAGGACAAAAAGUCCCCAAUCAGAGUUUCUCAACAUCAGCCCGAGGAACUUAGAGAAAGGAGAAAACAUUUAUAUAAAGUCCAAAAACAAUACGCACAGCGUAAUAUUGAAACCACGCUAAAAGGUACCAAACUCAUCUUUACUAAGAGUAAAUUAGUAUACAAAGACAAAAUUGGAUCCCGUCCAACGGCUGAAGAGAUCAUCAACGGAGAAGAGGUCAAGAUUGCGAUCACUCCGGGUAAGACAACAGAGGACAAUGGGAACCGGUUUGCGGCCCACGCGGUACCAGUAGACUCCUAUAAACAGGUGAGACGGUCUUUUGUUGAAGUUAUGCGCUCAGACAGUAUCGCCAGUGCUAGUCAUAAUAUCUUUGCGUUCCGGUUCACGGGUAACGACGGAACAACGCACGACGGAUCCGAUGAUGACGGGGAACACGGGGUCGGGAGACUGUUGCUGAAAGCGCUCAUCGACAAUGACGUAAAGAAUACAUUAGUGGUCGUUUCGCGAUGGUACGGCAACAAAAUCGGACCUAGACGCUUCAAACAUAUUAAUGAAGUCGGGUUAAGUGCCGCAAGAAACAUGUCGGGUUCUACCUGAACCCCAGUCAAUUGAGACGGACAACAUAGUCAAAGUUUAAAACAAAUGUAUGUGUUGUUCUUGUUAUUCAAACUAUCGGAUCACUGUGUUUAUUUAAAUUUUACAUACAUGUACAGGCCUUAGUCGCUGUAGCAUCCAAUUAUAAUAUACUAAUAUUUCCACGAUAUGCGCGAUUACUGUUAAUUAAUAUUUUUACUGAAAAAGCUGUACUGUAAGAUAGUAUAGAUAGUACAUCUAUAUUUCACAAGCCUAAACUCACCGAUUUAUUGUUAUUGUAAAUAUUUUACACGUUUUUCAUUUCAUUUAGACUGUAAAUAUAGUUUGUUUAACUUUUGCUAUAUAACUUACCUAUGACGAGUUUUUCCGGAUUUGUCCUGACUGUUCAUAAUUAUUUGGAUUUUUGUUUAUAGUUAUCAUAUCCGGUUUGUUUUUUUACUUUACAAACAUGUCAACUAGUAAUUGUAAGUGUUGUUUAUUUUCUUAUUCUAUAGUUAACGCAACGCAAGGGGGAGUGCAUGUGUAUAAUUGUAUUUCAUGAACAUUAAUAUAUCUCACAUAAUUUUGGUAUGAUUUUUAUAAUAUGCUGUCAUAUUAACAAGCUCAAAUCAUCAGAAAAUCAAGGUACUUUUUUUUAAACACAUAGUAUGCGCAGCAUAGGGUUUAAGGUUUUUAAAAAAACAGACAAUAAGUUAUACAUAUAAAACUCCUCACGACCGAUUCUAAUUAUUUAUACUAUUGUAUGAUUUUUUUUUUAAGUUGACAAAAAAAAGGUUGUUUUUGGUCAACUUCAUGCAGUCAACUAUUUUUUAGUGUUUGUAAAAUUAGCAAGCGUGAUGUGCUUUCGCAAUUCCAAACCUUUGCCUUUUAACUGUUUUUUCUCCCUUUUAUUUGCCCCCUUUCUAUUCUUUUCGGGAACCGUAAUCCUUAUAAAGCAUUUAUAUAGACAUGGAUGAUAAAGUGCAUCAAAGCUAUCUAAGCAUAUUGACAUUAAAUUGCCAAGGCUUAGGUGAUAUCAAUAAAAGGAGGGACAUUUUUAAAGUCUUAAAAUCAAAAAAUUAUAAUAUAUACUUUCUUCAAGACACUCACUUUGUUGAAAAGGAAGAAAGCUUGAUAAAGGGACUAUGGGGUUAUAAAGCCUACUUUAACUCAUAUAAAUCAAAUUCUAGAGGAGUAGCUAUACUAAUCAAUAAUAACUGUGAUAUAACAAUACUCAAUGAACAUAAAGAUAGUGAUGGUAAUUUUCUUUUAUUAGA